AUGGAGAAUUUCCAAACCACCUUUAACUCAAAUACCACAGCAGCCAAUGAAGCUCUAAAGAGUUUGGGUUCUCUCUUUAAAUCUGAGAAGGCUAAAUUGCAAGAAAGUCGUACUGGUCUGAAAACUGACCAUGAAGCAUUUCAAACCUCCAUCUCCUCUCAAAUUACCAAGCUUCAAGACGAACUGGCAAACGAGAGUAACAUCAAGGACUCUCUUUCCCUCAAGACGGAAGAAGUAAAGGUGUUAAGUGUUAAACUGGACACUUCAGAGAAACAUGUCAAUGAUUUGUUGUCUCAGAGAGCUGUCAUGCGAAGCUGUAUUACAGAUGUUAUCGGCAUGCUCUCGGAUAUCACUGAGACCAGGGACUCAAUGAUCACAAUUUCAAUGUGCAAGCAUGUUGCAGAGAAGUUAAGUCCAGUCUUCGCAAUGCUUCACAAGCUAGAAGGUGUUUCGGAUCAAAGCUUUAAUCAGAAACAAGGAGGAGAAGGUGUGUCUGGUGGGUCAAGGAAAGAAGAACCCAAAGCUCCAGUUAAACCUGUUUUCAAGCAAGAACCUAAGGGCAAGGAAAAAUUGUUCAGUGAAGAGCCCAUCGUUGAUAAUAGUGAAGACGAAGAGGAGCUGGAUGAAAACGAGCUUAAAAAGCAAAAGGCUCGUGAAGACGCACUGCAUGAGCAUCAACGGAUCAUCCGAGAGGCUGAAGAAAAGGAAAGAGCUGAGAAAGAGGCUCAGGCUACUUGUAAGUGGCUAGGAUAG